CCAUUUAAUUCCGUUAGCUUUAAAACUGUCAUUUGUUAUUUUUCCGUAGAGGUGAAAGUAUGUCCAGAUAGUAGUGACCAAAAUUCGACUGGAUCAAAAUGAGAAGUUACCCUUACAUACCCAGCAUGGUACAAGCUAUAACUGUCCUUACGGUAUUGAAGAUGAUGACCAAAGCCCAAACAACUUGCGGCUCUGGAUCAGUGAAUGGUAAAAUAAUGUAUGAGAGGCUUCCAAAUAUCCAGCUGCAAGGUUUUGACGACGAUAUCGUACGGGAUACAGCACCACCUUUCAUGGUCCUGGAAAAGUGCCAAGAUUUGUGUCUACGAGAUCGGACACCUAAUAAUAUAGUGCGAACUUGUCAAUCUUUCGAUUUUCAGCCGGGUAGUCGAAUAGCCACUUACAGUGGUGGAAGUGAUUAUGAAGAAAGUACCUGUUACCUCACCUCAGAAUCUGCAAGACCGGAAGGAAUAGGAAGUCUUAUGAUUGUACCCAACAGCGUUCACUUUACUGAAGUGUGUAUAACAUCAAGUCGGCCAGAAAGGGAAUGUCCAAAUCGAAGGUACAUUUUCGAAAGACACCCUAGGAAGAAAUUAAAGUUACCUACUCCGGAUAUGAAAGAAAUGACGGCUUCGAAUAGAACAGAUUGUGAAGACAAAUGCCUCAAUGAAUUCAGCUUUGUUUGCAGAUCAGCCACUUACGACUCCAAUAUGAGAACUUGUACCCUUAGCAGAUACACUAGAAGAACACAUCCUGAACUGUUGGUAGACGAUCCGGAAUCAGAUUACUUGGAAAAUACUUGCUUAAAUGCUGAAAGAAGAUGUGACGGUUUGGCUGUAUUCAUUAAAGAAGAAAAUAAGCGACUUGGUGGACCGUUUGAAGUAGAAAUGUUUACUAACCUGACUCUAGAUGACUGUCAAGCAAUGUGUGUACGAGCUGAAAAAUAUCUGUGCCGAUCUAUAGAAUACGAUGAAAUGACGAAACAAUGCACCUUAUCAGAAGAAGAUUCAAUUUCACAGAAAGACGAUAUUGGUGUAGCUAGCAGUCCAUCGCAUCAUUUCUAUGAUUUUGCUUGCUUGGAUAGCCCUCGAGGUUCAGAGUAUCCCGAUAAUUCAGUAACAUCUCAUCUAUUUAGUGGUAAAAAGCCCGAUACAGCUUUCCAAAGAUACAGAAAUAGUCGAUUGGGUGGAGAACAUCAUUCCGAAAUAUCAGGAAGAUCUCUAAGUGAAUGUCUGGAUGAAUGUUUAAGGCAACCCAGCUUUCAGUGCCGCUCUGCUGAAUACAGUGAAAGAUAUCGUACUUGUAGAUUGACUAGGUACAAUCAGAGAGAUGGUAUGAGAAUCAUAUAUGACGCAGAUUAUGAUUACUACGAGAAUUUAAUGCUUGGAGGAGAAAAUGAUGGUACUGGCCAAAGACCAGGUGGAGAUGGAAGCAACAGCGUUUAUCGACCAGGAGAAGAUCGUUAUCCAGGAGGUGGAGGUGAUCGUUUCAGACCUGGUCGACCUGGCAGUGGAGGCUCUAGUGGAGACCGAUUCCCUCCCAAAUAUCCCAGCAGGUUUCCACCAAGUGGAUACGACGGGGAUAGAUAUCCAGACAGGAGACCGCCUAUUCAUAAAUAUCCGGACUACGAUGACAGAUACUAUCCAGAUGAUAGAAUCCCUGACAGAGGAGGCUCUAGGUAUCCCGAUCGUGGAGGCUCCAGAUAUCCUGAUCGAGGAGGUCCAAGAUAUCCAAUAGGACCUUCACAUGGACCUCCUGAUAGAUAUCCCUCUGAUAAAUAUCCUCCUGAUAGAUACCCGACUGAUAGAUAUCCUGAUAAAUAUCCUGAUAAAUAUCCUGAUAAAUAUCCUGAUAAAUAUCCUGAUAAAUAUCCUGAUAAAUAUCCUGAUAAAUAUCCUGAUAAAUAUCCUGAUAAAUAUCCUGAUAAAUAUCCUGAUAAAUAUCCUGAUAAAUAUCCUCCUGAUAGAUAUCCUUACUACCCACCUUCAUCCAGUGGGAAAUAUCCAGGGGAUAGGUACGGAGACAGAUAUGGAGAUAAAUACGGUGAUCGAUAUGGCGAUAAGUAUGGGGACAGAUAUGGUGAUAGGUACGGUGACAAGUAUGGUGAUAGAUACGGUGAUAGAUACGGCGGAAACCUAUAUGGAAAUAAAGAUACUUACAAUGGAUAUAGAUACGGAGAUAGAUACGGUGGUACCGGAGAUAGAUACGGUGGUACCGCAGACAGAUAUGGUGGUACCGCAGACAGAUACGGUGGUACCGCAGAUAGAUACGGUGGUACCGCAGAUAGAUACGGUGGUACCGCAGAUAGAUACGGUGGUACCGCAGAUAGAUACGGUGGAACCGGAGAUAGAUACGGUGGAACUGGAAGUAGGUACGGUGGUGACGAUUUUGGAAGUCGCUAUGGCGGUGGUAAUAGGUACGGCAAUAGAUACAAUAAUAGAUAUGACGAUAGACAUGGAGAUAGGUACGAUUAUUAUGGCGAUGAUCGAAACGGUGGAAGCAGAUGGUUCUUCAGACCUGACAGAAGACCAGGUGGUCGUCCAGUUGAUCCACAAAGACCUUACGAAUCUGGACUUGGAAAUGGCCGACCUUACGAACCUGGAGUGGGAAAUGGUCGACCUUACGAACCUGGACUUGGAAACAAUCGACCGUACGAUAAACCUUAUGACGAUAGAAGAAGACCUUUAUCCCCAGGACCAGAUGGCCCGAUAUAUGACAACUAUGGACCAAACGGACCAAAUAAUAACAAACCAUAUCAUUUUAGAUGCGACGAAGGAGAAGAUAAUUUUAAGCAAAUGGGUUAUCGCCAAAGAAUGAGGAAGGAGUUUGUCAAGAGGGUUAUUAACGCUCCAUCGCUAAGAGAAUGCGAAAGAGAAUGUAUUGAGGCCAGAGAUUUCAGUUGCCGAUCAUUUAAUUUCAAAGAUUCUCAGCCAGGAGGUUAUGAUCAUCCUGCUGGAGAUAGGGACAACUGUGAACUGAGCGAUAGAGAUACUAGAGAUCUAGAAAUGGAUAAUCCACAAUAUUUCGACACUAAGGGAACCUACGACUUUUAUGAACGAGGUUUAGGUGGAGAUGGAGACUGUUUAGAUGUUAGCCAAGUUUGUAACGAAGAUGGCAUGGAAUUCACCCUUCGCACUCCUGAAGCAUUUUAUGGUAGAAUUUAUACAUACGGUUUUUACGACAGGUGCUUUUUCCGUGGAAAUGGUGGCACCUUAAAUGUCCUGCGAAUUAGCGGUUCUCAAGGUUACCCAGAAUGUGGAACACAACGAUACGGUGAUACUAUGACCAACAUUGUGGUUGUACAAUUCAGCGAUUUUGUACAGACUGGAAAAGAUAAGAGAUUCAAUUUGACUUGUCUAUUCCGUGGACCUGGUGAAGCUGUAGUGUCUUCUGGAUUCAUUGGAGCAGGAUCUGGUAGUCCAGUCCCAAUAGAAUACCUUCCAGCCGAAAACACUCUUAGUUCAAAAGUGCGACUAAUGAUUCUUUACCAAGGACGUCCUACUACAACAAUUGCAGUUGGCGACCCUCUUACUUUCAGAUUAGAAGCACAAGACGGUUAUAGCUAUGCAACAGAUAUAUUUGCGACAAACGUCGUAGCAAGAGAUCCCUAUUCUGGUAGAUCUGUGCAGCUUAUAGAUCGAUUUGGGUGCCCGGUAGACAGCUUUGUAUUCCCCGAAUUGGACAAAGGCAGAAGUGGAGACAGUUUAGAAGCUCGAUUCAACGCUUUCAAAAUUCCAGAAUCAAAUUUCCUUGUAUUUGAAGCCACCGUACGAACUUGUAGAGAAGGAUGCCAACCUGCCUACUGUCAAGUUGGUUCAGGUCGUUCCGAACCAUCUUUUGGUCGCCGAAAAAGAGAAAUUAAUACAACCAUGGAAAUUGAAUCCGAAAAACAAGUUAACAACACCUUGAUUCUAUCAACUCCAAAUUCUACCAGUCUAGAACAAGACGACGAUGAUUCGAAAGAAACAAAUAUUUCUUUUUUAAAAAGUACUUCAGGUGAAAAAGAAAUUAAAAAUAGUAAUUUGGAUAAAAUGAGCAAUGAAAAGCAAUUAAAGAAAAAAGAAAUUAAAGCUACUAAGGAGGAUAAAACAAGUGAUGAAAAGGAAUUCGAAGAAAAAGAAAUUAAAGCUACUAAGGAAGAUAAAACAAGUGAAGAAAAGGAAUUCGAAGAAAAAGAAUUCGUUAGAGAAAUGAUUGAGGUAUUCGAUUCAAGAGAAGAACUUCAACAAGAAGCUCGACGUACAGAAUACCUCCCUGAAACGGUUUGUUUGACGCCAGGUGCUUACCACGGACUUGUCAGCGCUGUUAUGAUACUCGUCGCUAUUUUAUUAACAGGCGCUUUGAUUGCCGGGAUGGCUUACCGAAGAUACUGGCUAGUUAUGAGGAAAAACAUUCUAGUUGAUAGGUCAAAUUCGAAUCUUUCGACCUCCUAUCCAAAUACACGCAGCAGUGCAACGUCAAAUAUAUCCAUUUUUGGAGCAGGUCUGCAGAAGCAGUUCGCCAGCUUCGGAAGAGCAGCAAAUCUGGCUAGUUUUCCCAAAAUCGAUUCAGAUUUCCAUGAAACCGCGCCGGGAGGUCUGUUUGAGGAUCCAAGUGAGCCUAUUUAUACAGAUCCAUCGCUCUUUGAGCGAUCUAGAAGUUUAAGGAGUAUAGCGAUAUCGUCAAAGAGAAGAAAAUCGCCUACGGAAUAAAAUUAGUUUUAUUAUCACAUAUAUAGUGAAAUUUUUGAAUUAAUUUGAAACAUUGCCAGGAUUAAUAAGCUUACAAAACUAUUACGAUUUCAGUUCAGUCAAAUAUAGGGUGAGUACCGAAAUCAAAAGAUUUAAUAUUUUAAAAGGGAAAGUAAAAAAAAAACGCAAAACGGGUCAAUCUUUUUUUAAUGGGAGCCCAUUUCUUUCAUAUCCUUAACUGUCAUAAGUCCCUCCCCCACGUCACUCUAACCGAUACAAUUUAUAAGGAAGUACCAAGUAUGCCACAUCGAAAAGGUGGUAAUUUUAUGAAGAAUUCAGCAAUAUAAAUGUUUAUUGUGUUACUUUUUAUUUUAGGGUAAUCUACCGAAAUAAAAAGAUAUUACGUAUUAUAAACUGGCGAAUAUCUUAGUUUCGGUAAAUCUUUACACUUUUUUGUCCUCACUGAGAACCAAAGAUGUAAUCAUAUUUAUGUUAACUAGCUUAACUAAUGGCGUUUUCAACUAAAAUUUUUAGUGUGUUCUGAGUGUAUUCACACUUUCUUUUUUUCCAUAUCAGUAAACAAGGACUCAAAUAUUCGACGUUUAAUUAACAGAAAACGGUACCAUAUACGGGAAACAUAAUCGUAUACUUUUAAAAUUAAAAACAAAUAUUCCAAAAGUUUUAUAAUAUACAGAGUAUCCCAUUUAAAUAAAUUAUUGUAUCCCGUGAAAUAUGCACGCCACUGUGGUUUUAAUUUCAUUUUAACAAAAUUCAGCCAUAGCCACACAGCUUUUAUUUAAAAUAUUUUUUGUAUAUGUAAUAAUAACGAUUAUACAGUGUGUUCUAUAAAGUUGGA